AGCCUGGAUAACUUAAUUAUUCAGUAUUUUAACAAACAACGCUCGUGCAAUUUUUUGAAAACACCAGAAUGUUUUUAUGUGAGUUUAUGUUAUACAAUAUGUCAAUUUGUAAAUUUUCAGAAAUAAAUCUAAUGGAAUUACAAUAAAGAAAUUGAAUAUCUAUAGUAUGUAUACCGUUUUGCCCAGCUUACAAAUCAAUCGAUUUUAAUGGCAUGACCUUUUCUGUUUUUGGCAUAAUCAUCGCUGUGCUGCUACUCGGAUUACUGUGGUACUUUUUUGGUAACCAUACAAUACCGCGGGCUGAAUAUGACAGUUGUUUGCCAGAAUGUAACCCUUUACCGGAAGAACGAUCUGUGACAAUUGUAAAUGAAGAACAGGAAUCUUCUUGCACGCCGUGUAGUGGAUCGGUUAGCAUAAGAACCGAUUGUUCGGCAUCGUCUGUUUCUUCGGAUCCAACAAGCUCCAUACGGGCACGCCUAGGACAACAAAGCCUGAGAAAAGAGGAACGUGUUUGGGGAUUACGGAAGAAGCACCAUCAAGUCCACGAAUGGGCAUUAUGUAAACUUCUUCAGGGUUCAUCGGAGUGCUUUACCGAAUCCGAGUCAUUUUUGGUGCAUUUCUUUUCUGAUGGUGGCUGCGAAGCAUGGUUACCCAAGGAGUGCAUUCUGCCGAAUACGGAGAAGAACCGUUCUGAUAUCAUUAAAUUUAAUUACGACCUUAAACGGAAUAAACAGUCCAGUUUGCGUAAAAAUUCCUCCUUAAACCCAGCUCCAGAUGGGAAAUGCCAGAGAAGGAAGGAUGACGUGGCGAAACAACCGGCUGCAGAUCACGAUCAGUCAGCGGAACAGACAACGUCAACAGAUCAAAAAGGAAGUUGCAUUUUCAACGAUGGUUUGGUGACGGAGCUUGGUGUCACCAGCAACACUCAUCCCGCUUCUACCCACGAUGCUUAAUCUUACUUAAACAUGUAAUUUUUGUGUGCUUUAAGGUUCUAAUAUGUUUUAAUGGAAACGCGGAAGAAGCUAAACGCUGCACAUUAAUUAAAUGAUAGCGCCUUAAUAAAGUCGAAACGUUGGGCUAGCGAAUACUUGACGACAAUUAAUGAACAUUUAAUCAAUUAACUGACAAAGCGUUUACAAUAUAAUUGUUAGUUUAACCGUAAAUCAGUAGUUCCAAUUUAAGACUGAUGUCGCCCUUAGACUGGCAGACAUUCAAAAUAUACUCGCUGAAGCAUGUUAUGCACAAAUACUUUGCAUGCCAUUACCGCACUGCUA